AUGGUUCGAGGUAGAGCUACCGGUAGAGGCGUGGGCCGAGGCAGUGCCGCCGCCUCGUCAAGAUCUCAGACCGAAGGCGCGGACGAUUCGAAUCAGCUGUCCAGCAAUGCAGCGCCAACAGCAAACAUGGGAAUAGCAGAGUCAAGCACCGAUCCGUCACAAUCAGCAGCCUCAACAGCCCGGAGAGGCGCUACAUCCGCACGGGCGGCACGCGGGGCAGCUUCAGCCGGCAGAUUCAGACCCAGGAACGUUCGACGAGAUGAGUCAGAGCGAGACGCGCUGGCCCAGCAGGAACAGCAGAAGGCGAGCGACAGAGCCGCAGACGAGAGGCGCGCCAGGGGCCGGUCACGAUUCCGCAGCAAACGAAGUCGCGGUGAUGCCAUGGGAAGCAGAGGAGGCGGCUUUGGGCGGCCAAUAGGCGGAGCCAGCGGGCCCUUUUCUUCGGGGAUGGGAGGUCCAGGCGGCGCAGCUGGUGGAGGUUGGUUUGGUGCUGGCGGCGGCGGUGGUGGCGGUGGUAGUUUCGCGAGAACUGGUAAAUUCGAAGGCAAGCCUGGCUCUGGGUUCGGAUUCGCCAGCGAGGGUGGCUUCCGAGAAAGGAGAAUCAACGCCGACAAACUUCACACAAUGGCACACGACGAAGACCUGGACAGCGAAGACGAAGCCAUGUUGGCUGCGCUUCAUUCUCAGCCAGGGGGUGUCAUGCCCAUGGGCAUACUCCGACGAGAACACAAGGAAGCACCCGUGGUUGUUGCUACGACCGCGGAACUAGAGGCGGCGGAGAAGGCGCUGGACGAAGAGGAAAGCCUCUGGGUCGAUGGCGAAGCGCCUGGAUCAUUACCACCGGCCGACCAACCGGAAGAGGGCGAUUGGAAUACAAGUGCCAAAAGGGCAGCCAGAGUCAAGAAGGAGCCGGCAGAUGAUACCAUGAACUUGGAUGUUGACAUCAAGCCUGCAGACGAGAGCAAGCUACCUCUGGCCAAGAUCAAGGCCAAGAAGCCGACUGCUCAAGAUCCUGAGGAGAAUAUGAUUCGCACAGAUUUGAGCCUUCUCGCCAGCGAACUCGGCGCAAUCACAAUCAAUGGAGACGGCGAAGAGAAGGCAGACGAGACCAGUAACAAGGAUGGCCGACUAUAUCUCUUCCAAUUCCCCCCGCUGCUCCCUCCCUUGAAGCAGGUUGCCGCCCCCCAGCCUCGCAUUAAAGUCAAGGAAGAGGAGCAGCACUCUGCUAGCUUACAUGCGACCCCCUUGAGUGCGUCAUCUACCGCUACGCCCGUCGACCUCACACAACAAGGCGAGGAGGAGGAGGAGUCGGAUGAAGAGGAUGAAGAGCGAGAGCGCAGAAACGGCUUCAGGUCCCAGGCGCUUUCCAACGGCGGUCUUAUCGGCCGGCUCAACGUCAGAAAAUCCGGCAAGGUGGAACUGGACUGGGGAGGCCGCAUCCUGGAGAUGAGCCCUGCGGCAGGCAUGAACUUCCUCACGACGGCCGUCAUCGUCGAGGAAUCGGAUGAGAAGCCGCAAAACGGCGUCACGACGGGCGAGAGCAUCGGCAUGGGCAAGAUUAUGGGUCGCUUUGUGCUCGCGCCGAUAUGGAACGAGGAGGAGGAGUGGGAAGUCGCGCCGGAGGAGCUCGACAUUGAGGCCAUGAUUCAAUGA